CUGUAACCAUAACCAGUAAUAAAUCAAGUUAAGUUAAGUGCACUGUUUCAAUUCCAACGACCAUUCGACGAGUUUUGGUGUCUUCUCUAAAAAGCCACCUGGUGUCAGAAGAACCUUUUUUAAAAACCCAAAAGUUCGCAGCAGGAAUACGACACGAAUUUUUGGUGUCAGAAGUGGGAUUAAUCAAAAAGAAAGUUGAUCAAGGAUUAACCACAAAGUUGAUCACCCAGAGGUACCCAACAACCCCAAGAGGGACAACAAAUAAUCAGCCCACAAAGGGACAACAAGGGAUCGCCGGAUAGGGAUCACCUCAACGCAACAAGGGGUCACCAGAAAAAGGGACCACCACAAUUCAACAAGGGAUCGCCAGAAAGGGAUCACCAAAAAAUCAAUCCAAGGGUAACCUAGAGCCAGAGCCAAAGCCAGAGCCAGAGGGAUCAACACCAAUCAACCAGAACUUCCGGACGCAAAGUCAGAGGAGCACCUCGACGGAAGGCCCCACCCAAACACCGCAACCAAAAAAGACGAAAAUUCCCAAAAUGGACAUAAUCAAGAUAUUACCAUUAACGACCCUUCUAUUGAUGACCCAGGGCCUAGCAACCGAAUAUAAAGUAACUCCAAUUCCUUCAUCCUCAGGAAUCAUAUUUCAUAACUUAGGCUUAGCAAAAAUAUCUAAUGAACAUUUCACUCUUUUAUCCUAUAUUAAUCUUACACAUAUAGAGGAGAAAGUACAAGUAAUUAAAGAUUUUUAUUCAAUAACACUCAGUACGUGUCACAUCGCAAUUAACGAUCAAUUGGCUAAUGAAUGUUUUAAUCAAAUGAAAUAUAUUCAAAAAAAGUUGGAAACUAUUCAAAAAUCAUUCAAUAUAAUUACUCAUAAAAUCAAUGUUAUAUCUAGAAGAAAACGAAGAGGAUUAAUGAAUGCCGUUGGCACGGGAAUUAAAUGGUUAUUUGGAAACCCAGACAGUGACGAUGCACAAUUUUAUUCUGAUUCCAUAAACUCGUUAAUUAAUAAUGAAAAACAAACCGAAGUUUUAAUGCAACAGCAAGUUAAUGUUAUUUCCGAUACCAUAACAAAUUUCAAUAAUUCACUCACUAGAAUGAAUGAAAAUAUUAAUAUUCUAAAUAAAAAUUUGAAAAGUUUCAAUAAAUUUCAACAAGAUAUGAUAACUAUUAAAAACAGUUUUGAAGUCGAAAUAGGAUUAUCCAACCACAUUAUUUCACUUAUCGAGAUGACAGAUGAGUUAACCAAUCAGUUGAAUGAAUACGUGAAUGAUAUUUCUCUUAUUUCAAAUAAUAUCAUCAGUUACAAUAUUUUACCACCAGAAACUCUUUAUUCCGAAUUGCAUAAAAUUUCUACGAAGCAAGACCUCCCAUUGCCAUUGAGCGUUGAAAAUAUUUUUAUCUUUUACAAAUUGCUAGAAAUGAAAUCAUUCAUUAACAAAGGAUUAUUAGUAUUAUCGUUCAAUGUUCCGAUUGUUACUAAAGGAAAAUAUGAAAUUUAUGAAAUAUUAUCAGCACCAGUGCCUCAUCAUGAAGAUCCAAUGUUAUUUUCAUAUAUUGAACCAAGUACACCUUAUAUUGUGAUUUCGAGAGAAAAAACCAAUUACUUUAAUUUGAAUACUUUAGAUAAAUGUUUCGAAACACUUCCAAAUAAUUAUUUGUGCAGACAUUUAUAUACUAUGAGGAAGACGAACAACAAUAAUCAAUGUGAAAUAAUAUUAUUCAAUGAAAGAGUUGAUGUUAUUCCGAAAACUUGCAAAAUCCAUAAUUUCAUUGCAGAACUAGAAAUUUGGCAUAAAUUAGGAAAUAAUCAAUGGUUUUAUAGUUUAUCUUAUCCAACACAACUAUCAAUUGUGUGCGAUGAUAAAUCCACAAGAGUAGAACAAAUCUCUCAAAUAGGCUUAUUUGAAUUAAAUCCAAAGUGUAAAGCAUUUACAAAAACAGUAAUUCUAGAAGUUCAAGGACAAAUUGGCAUAAGUGAACUGAUGAAUAUUUUGCCAUUCACAGAUAUUAAUGAAGACGAUUGUUGUAAAAACUUAAAGAAAAAUCUCACACUAGAAGCAGUAAAACUAGAACCAUUAAAAUUGAGCAAUUUAGAUCUUAGAGAAUUGAAAUAUGCCAAACAUAAAUUAUCAGAAUUCGAUGAACAAUUGCAGAACCAAUUGAAUAAACCAUUUAUAAUUAAACAUACGAAUUGGUUCACAACCAUAUUGUUGAUAAUUGCUUUUAUGAUAAUUUCCAUUAUAAUUUACAAAUGUUUGAAAUGCUUCAAAUUCAUAGACUUAUUCAGAAAAUGUUGCAAAUCAGAUAGCAGCAAUGAAAGAUGCCUUCCUUGUCUCCAAAUAUUUAAUAAUUGUAGUCAAAAACCCACUCAUGAAUUCAGUGUUUCAUUUAAAAACGAUAAAUUUGAAUCAACUGAAUCCGAUUUGAAUGAUGAGAGUCAAUCACUAAAAUCAUUAAGAAGAUCACAAAGACUCAAGAACAUAAAAAUAUCAAGAAAUUAA